AUGAACCGCUACGCUCUGGGUCGUCGCUUUCUUCUACGCCAUCUUUCUUUGCUUCGUUCCGUCGCAGCUCGUCCUUCAUCUCCUUCGACCCCGACUCCGACCGAUGAUCCUGCAACUUCAUAUCCUUCGCCCCCGACUCCGACCGAUGCUCCUGCAGGAUCACAGACACGCUCGGUCUCCGAUCUCGACUCUUGGCAGAUGGCGUCCGACCUCCGUUCCUGCAACCAAAUGCUCUUAGACGUGGGUCGAACCCGAGGCGUCGAUGAAGCCCGCGCUCUCUUCGACCGAAUGCCCCGCCGAGACCUGGUCACCCACACCACCAUGAUCACCCUCUUCCUCAAGGACGGCCGCCUCCCGCAGGCCGAGGCGCUAUUCCGGCUGCUGCCGCAUCGGAACGUCGUCGUGGAAUCGGCGAUGAUCGAUGGGUACGCCAAAGCUGGGAGAGUCGACGAGGCGCUGCGGGUGUUCGACGCGAUGGCGGCCCCGAAUGUGGUGUCCUGGACGAGCUUGCUUUCUGGGUACUGUCUGGUUGGGCGGAUAGAGGAAGCAAGACGGAUCUUUGAUCGGAUGCCGGUGAGAAAUGUGGUGUCUUGGACAGCGAUGGUGUUGGGCUAUGCUCGGAAUGGGUCGCUGACGGAUGCUCGCGAGCUCUUCGACCAGAUGCCGGAGAAAAAUGUCGUCUCUUGGACCGCCAUGAUCAAGGGUUACGUAGAACAUGGUCGGAUCACCGAUGCCCGGGAGUUGUUCGACAGGAUGCCGAAUCGCAAUCUGUACGCUUGGAACAUAAUGAUCUCGGGUUAUUUGGGCGACCAUCGAGCGAGCGAAGCGAUUCGUUUAUUUCAGUCGAUGCCUCACAGGAACGCGGUUUCUUGGACUAUCAUGGUGACCGGGCUUGCUCGAAAUGGAUUAACAGAGGAAGCACGGCAGUACUUCGAACAGAUGCCAGCGCGGGAUAUUGCAGCGUGGAACGCGAUGAUCACUGCUUACGCUGACGAAGGUCUCAUGAGCGACGCGAGGGGACUCUUCGAUUCGAUGCCCAAGAAAGACGUGGUGACAUGGAACGCCAUGAUCGAUGGGUAUGCAAAGAAAGGCUGUCGAGAUGAGGCCUGGAGGCUUUUCCUUCGCAUGCUUCGCUUGCCAAUGAAGCUAAACGAGGCUACUUUAACCAGCAUCCUCGUCAACUGCGACAGCCAUGUCGAAGUUCGCGAGAUUCAUGGACUGGCCUGUAGGUUUGGUUUUGGCUCGGACACUUCGUUGAUGAAUGCUCUGGUGAGCAGGUACUCCAGAACUGGUGACCUGACUUCAGCUCGGCAUGCUUUCGAUGGACUGGAAGCGAAGGAUGUCAUCUCAUGGUCCUCGAUGAUACUAGCUUACUCGAACCAUGGAUGUGGUCAUCAUGCACUGCCGGUGUUCGCCCAAAUGUUGAGACAUGGAGCCAGGCCUGAUGGGAUCACUUUUCUUGGGGUGUUAUCAGCUUGCGGCCAUGCCGGCCUCGUGGAGAAGGGUAAGAAGAUGUUUAGCUCGAUGAACAGCGUGCUUGGAUCGGAACCGACGGCGGAGCACUUCUCGUGCCUGGUGGACCUGCUCGGCCGAGCUGGGCGCAUCCAGGAAGCGAUGGCUACGGUGGCCGAGAUGCCGGCGAGCGAGAGGGAUGAGGCUGUGUUGGGAGCAUUGUUAGGUGGAUGCAAGCUACAUGACAAGAUAGAGGUGGCAAGCCAUGUCGGUGAGGAGCUCAUUGAGUUAGACCCAUUGGGUUCCGGCGGUUAUGCCCUCUUGGCCAAUGUGUACGCACGGCACGGGAGGUGGCACGAAGUGGCACGCGUGAGGAAGAAGAUGAAGGAGAGGAAGGUGAAGAAGGUGCCCGGUGUUAGCCAGAUUGAAGUUGGCAAGAAGAAUCAUGUGUUCUUUGCGGGUGAUCGGUCGCACCCUGAGGCGAGGGAAAUUUACGAGAUGCUGAGAGAGGAGCUUCUUCCACAAAUGGAGGACAUGGGCUGCUCGCAGGUGACUUCUGUGCUAACGUGACUUCUAUGUCUGACCUCCCCCACGAAUCAAGAACACCAUGGACCAUAAGCUUCUUGAGCAGAUUGGUUGCACACCUCAAUGAGUUCAUGCCAUGUUUCACAGAAGAUGAAUCAUCGGGCAAAGAGAACCUUCUCCCAAAACCUAAAAGACCAGCCACCAGGUAACAACAGACUCUAAGAUGACGAUGCCUUGCAUGUGUCCACAGUCAUCUCUUUCUUCUCUGGAAGAGAAUUGGAGCAUCGAGAUGCUUCCUCCUCUUGGACCAUCAUGAUGUCUGGAGUUAUUCGAGAACUCGACAUCUGAGCGAUUCCAAAUCCCAUAAAACAUGAUGAAGCAUAUGGGAGAAGCUUCAGAUUGACAAGGACUUACGAAACAGAUUGUUAUGUGUUCGAAGGCAUCUCUUAUAGUCAUUGGUUUGCACUCC